UUCGUUAUUAUGGAGGAACAAUGGUAAUUUUUGAAAUUCGAAUCGAGACGCAUGAGAGUCGAUACCGGGUGAUCGGUGAUCACGUGAGGGUCCAGCAGUUUCCGGCGAGGCGUAUCGAGAGAUGUCGACGGAGGAUGGUAUAGAUAAUCCGGCGUUCGCCAGCGAUGAUUGCGCGGCCGAGUCGCGGCUGAACGAUGAGCAACAGGUGACCUUGGAUCACAAGUCGGAGGGCGGUCCCGUGGAGAACGGCCAUCAACGGGCCCAAUUCGUCUCCCAACAGUAUGUCGAGCCCGGCAAGACCAGUCCCGAUCCUCAUCAUCAGAGGACCGAGACGAAGAUCGAGCUGACCAACGACACCAACGACAAGACCGUCGUCGAGCCGAAAAUGAACGGCGUCCAUGGAAAUGGAAACAACAAUGAUGCCAGUUUCCUGAACAACAGCGCGACCAGCGUGCAGAUUAAUGAUACCGGAAAAAAAGAGCAGAUCGAGGCAGUAAACUUGGAACUGGUCUCGAUGAGGCCCUACGCGGGCAACAAUCUCCAAACGAAGGGUCAGGAAGCUUGCGAGGUUCCAGCUGAUCCCUACGAGGAGUACUUCGUUCCAGUGAACGAGCAUCGAAAGUACAUCAGCAGGGGUCCCGAGGCCGAGGGAACAACCGUGGCUGGAGUGCGUUUUGAUUUGGGCCCCGGCGUCGGCCGCGAGGGACUCAGCCUGAGAGACCCUGCCGCCGGACUGGUCGACUAUUCCCACUGGCUGACAGCCCUCAGGGGCGAGAAACUUUAUGUAACGAAGGAUAAGAGAUCGAGGAGCUCGUAUUGGAGAAGAAUGGCCUGUUGGGGAUGUUGCUUGGCAGUCGUGCUGGUAGCUGUUAUCAUCGCCAUUUUGGCGGCGACCGGAGUAAUCUUGACGCAAGAGACUUCCGAACCUCUGGAGAAUCUUCAGCAAAAUUCGCGGCAAUUUGGUGACGUACGAACGGCCGAAAGUCAAGAAUACAUGAAGAAUCCUCCGCCGAGUCCGCCACCCGCGACUUCGACGUUCCCACCUUGGCCUACGACCGACGAAACCCUUUACAACACGGUGCCAAGCGCCUUGGACGGUGUGUUGAAAUUAGACGAGUUCCAAUGGGACAACGAUCUAAGCGAUCCCAAGUCGAGAGUGUACAGACAAGUGAGCACGGAGAUAGAAGAAUACUUGAGAAGCAUGUUGAGGCAGCCAGUGGAUAACGAAACGAUCGUUAAAGUGUAUGACAUAAACAGGGACGGCGAGGUGAAGUUUAGGAUAAGCUAUCCGCCGCGUUCCAUCCCCGAAGAAACGCAACAGAUGAUCGAGAAAACGUUGCAGAAAAGUGGCAACAUGAUUGGACACUAUCAUUUGAACAGUUUAAAGGUGAUUAAGUUGAUCGACGAAUGUCAGAGCGGGAGUCUUGAGUGUUCAGAAGGGUGCAACUACGAUUAUUCGAAGGGUCUGUUCGUCUGUUUCUGCAAAGCUGGAAAGAUGUUGGGCAGUGAUGGAAAAAGUUGCGUCGAUGAGAAUGAUUUGAGCAAUGUGGAAAUGGACGACGAGGUGCCGGAGGCCAAUACGGAAGUGGUGCACGAUUACGUUCAGGGAAGAAGCAGAGGACCUGGAUCGGUGUUCGAACCGAGGAGACCCGACAAUUGGGAUCAUUUGGACUUCAGCACGGAAACAACGCAUAAUGCGCCACAAGAUAAGGAGCAUGAAUUUCACGUACAUCACGUACAUUCUUCAGUGGAACCGGAACCUACGCAGACGGCCACAACGAAAGAAAAUCGUGUGUUCAAUGACGAAUCUGAUUCGAUACACUGGAAUGAUCAUUCGAAGCAUGAUCAUUCGAAGCACGAUCAUUCAAUGCAUGAUUAUUCGACGUAUGAACAUACGAUGCAUGAUCAUUCGGAACAUGAACACUCAAUGCAUGAUCAUUUGGAACACGAUCAUUCGACGUAUGAUUAUUCAAGUUUCUCGACUGAACAGAAACUUGAAAUGGAAUCCAGUUCUGAACCAGAAUCUUCUGCUGAGCCAGAACCUUCGGUUGAACCAGAUCCUUCUGCUGAGCCAGAACCUUCUGCUGAGCCUGAACCAAAGUCUUCUAAUGAAUUAGAGUUUUAUCCAGAAUCUUCCACAAAAACGAUUAAUACCGAACUAGUCAGUUCUGUGGAACCACAAUCUACUGAAUCUAAUAAAUCUGAACCUACUGGAGAAUCGCAAUCGUCUAUUGAAGUAGAAUCUUCUGCUGAACCGAUUACCGAAACAAAUUUUGCUAGUGAUUUAUCAACAAAAUUAACUACAAUCGAACAUCCAGAACUACCUCUUCAAUCAGAUUUCACUGUUAGGCCUGAAAUAUCCAGGGAAGAAGAUUCUUCUACCGAACACGAAUUAUCAACCUUAUCACCCAUCGAAUUAUCCAAUGAUGAAAAAUCUCGUGAUAUGCCUUCUAUUAUUGAGCAUUCUACCGAAAUGCAAAACACUAUAGUGCCAAAAGAUUCUACCGAGAAAAUAUCUCUCGAUAAAACUGAAUCUUCUGCUGAGUCUGUAAUUGUGAAUAAAGAAUCUUCUGAAUCAAUUAACGAAUUAGCCUCUUUCACAGAAUCACCUGAGGUUGAAAAAGAAACAGCAAACACACUUACACCUAAUGUUCCUACAAAUAUGGAGUCAGAAUCUACAACGCCAAUGAUGCUUAGUGAAACUACAUUACCAAAUAACGAAAUGGUAAACAAUGAUGAACCUUUACCAGUGAUACCUCUGAUCCCUAAUAACGAAGAGACUAUGACGUCUAAUCAUUCGUUUUCCGAGGAUCAUUCGGAAUCAAGUGUCACAAUUGUAGACACAACGGUAAUGGAAGACAAUGAAGAAAAGAUAACAACUUCAAGUCCUAUAGAAAUAGAUAAAAACGAACAAGUCACUGAAACAACCAACGUGCCACAAGAUGAAACAACUAUAUACACUACAAUAAGCAUGAACAAUGAUGGAACGAUGACCUCUUCGUCAGAAUCUAGUUCCUCAUCCAUCAAUCCUCAAUCUUUAGUUCCUGAAGUAGAAUCCACCACUAAUUCUGAGAUAACCUUCCCUAAUACAAUGACAGACACCAAAUCGGAAAGCGCAACUGAAUCGAAUUCCGUUGCAGAAACUAACAGUACAGAGAUGGAGCCUAACGAAGAGCCUAAAUCUCAGAAUGCGUCAACAUCGUCAAAUGAAUCCACUAUGGAACCGGAAUCACCUUCUCGUGAGACCAAUGAGACCAACGUAAUUGAGCACAUGCCAACGACCGUCUUCCCCAAAUUGCCAAAGAAUUUCGGCCAUAACGUGGAACCUCUGAUAGAACCGCUGGUAAACGACACGGAAGAGCACAUUAUGCUGAUACCAAAAACAGAGCAUACCACGGAAGUUCACGAUCCUCAUGCGAUUAUUCCACAAUUGAUUCCCGAACAAUCCUCGAACGGAUCAUCGACAGGCGCCGAUUCGGCGAGAAAUAAAAUUCCAUCCUCUACGGAAGUUGUAGAGACAACUCUUCGCCAAUCCACUAUACGUCCAGAGGAGAACGCGGUCUCUUCGAGCGAUCCUGUCCGCUACGAGGAGAAUUUGGACCAUUCGACCAAUCAUCCCCUGCAUCCAGCGAUAUUCCCCGAGAACACGGUCGAACACGCAACGGAGAAAUUCGACUCUGCCUAUGACAAGCACGCGGAGGAUAUGUCCCCUUUCUUGCCGGAUGUCCAGAAGGAAAAGGAAGUGAAGAAGGCGCCUAGAUUGGACAAGGACGAGCAGGACGUGCCCAAUCCUUUCGAGGGCCAUGUCGAGGACGUGAUUACCGACAAACCUUUGGUAGAAACGUCUCCUUCCACGGAACGAAACACUAAUGAAACCGAAUUAAAGGAUUCUCUGAACGACGUUGCACGCGACAACACGAAUGAUGAGCGGACCGGGAACGAAGUUGGUCGUGGAUUCAAAAAUGGCGGGUUGGACGUUGUCGAAAGUAACGAUACGGAAUCUGGGAUUCAAAAUGGGCUACUGCUCACUUAUGAUAAGUCAGCUGGGAACGAGGAACACGUUGCGAGCGAGAACGAGAGUGGAAUAAUUUCCGAGGAAGAUGAAGAAGCGUUGAAAGUGGUUCCGUUAGAGGAACAGUUCAAGGAGAUCGAAACCACCAUGAAAUACGAUUCGAGUAAAGAUAAAUCAGAAAUCACAGAAGCUGGCCCAGUUAUGACCGAAGAGGAGAACGAAAAAUCGACAGAUAAUGUUACAAAUCAAACGUCUUCGGAAAAGCCAGAAGAGAAUGCUGUGGAGGAUCAGUACAACGACAUUAACGACGACAGUUUGAGUAAAGGGUAUCAGCAGGACGACACAGAAGUAUCCAAGAAAAUUAAGGAUGGAUCUAACGAGUUAAUAAAUAAUGAUGGAAAAUCGUUCACCGCGAAUGAACCUCGUCUGAACGAUAGAACGAACGCGACGAUGAACGACACCGAAGACACGCCAACCACGAUUGGAAAUAUCCCCGACAAGCAUCCAGAGGAUGCCAAGUUGACCACUCAGAUACCUGUGCUACCAUUGGAAAUACAGCAAGAGAUGUCGACAACUGAGAAAGUAGAGAGCACCACUGUGACUGAGGAGAAUCCUCAACGAAGGGACAACAGCACGGAACGCCAGAACGCAAACGUGAACUCAGAGGAUGGAACGACGGUUCAGGUGCCAACUACUCACACCGUGUCAAUGGAGACAAAAACCACCGCCCAGAUACCGAUACUGCCAGAAGAAUUGCAGACUACUGAAAACGAUGCGUUGUUAACCACCUCCACCAUGAAGUCAGAUAUCGAAACGAAAACUGGCAAUUUGGAAAACGCGUCUUCUGAUAGCGUUGAACGAAAGGAUGCUAAUGGAACUCGAAUAAUUAAUUCAGGAAAACAGAUAAAUAGUCAGAACGAUAUUGCUGAUGAUUCGAUGAUGGCCAGUGCGGUGGAAAACGUGGACAAUGAGAGUAACGAUAACGAGUCGUUACAGGAAAGUGUUUCAAUGUUGGAUAAGAAUAGCACAAGUGAGGAAAAUGCGACAACGGCAACGAGUAUCGAGGAAAACACGAGGGAGAAUGUGACAGAAACUUCAACGCUUGAACCCUCUCCUUCGAUGCCCAAUAGUGAGACCGCAACUACGACAGAAUCAUCGCAGAAAAUGUCGGAGACUUCUACCACGGAGAAUGUUAAACCAGUGAUCGAAAUAUUAGAAGAUGACACUGUACCUAUAAGAUUCGACUACAGGACGCAUUUCGUUAUGACCACGCCUAAGGCCAACUUAAAUGUGGGGGAUCUGACGGAGGAGGAUUUAAAAGUGAUUCCAUUGGAAAAGACUUUAGAAGUGAAGAAGAAAUCGAUCGACAAAAAGGUUAUUGACAAAUACAAGUACAAGAAAGAAAAGGAGUUGAAUUUGGAGGGAAACGAGGGUGAGAACGUGUUAACGGAUAUACCGGAAUUAUCGUCUACUGAAACCUCACAAACUGUAGGGGACAUCAAGGAAGAGAUAAUCAGCAAAGAAGAAAACUCUGUACCAAAAUUGAAAAUCAUCGAGACGACCAGUGGAUCGAAUCAAACGGAUGUUCGACCCUCUGCCGCCGACGAGAAGAAAAAUCUCGAUGGUAAAACCAGCAUAACGGUGCCAGACGCGGCGAAGAAGUAUCCCAGUUUCAUACCCGUUUCAGAGAAGAUCAUAGAGCCAGAAUUUGUUACAGAACCGUUCAUACCUCUUCGAAACUUGCAUCAUUUCCAUCGAUCAGACGUUGCGACAGAACACCCAUCAACGAACGAAUCGUCUAACGAUGACCGUACGACCAUGGAACCGGGACAACCAAUAACUCUGGACGAAAAAAUGACAGAUUCUUCGGUAUUUCCUACAAUCCAAUCGUCCAUUCCUUCGAGCAUAGUCGCGAAAGAGUCGAGCACGACUGAUACAAUACCCGUUUCAUCGACGCAAACAAAAUCACCGGAAACGAUAACCAUGGAAACAACCAGCCACAUAGACGUUUCGUUCCUGAAUCUACCUUCGAACGCCGUAUUUUCCAAAUGUGCGGCUGGACAAUUCCAAUGUGUGAACGGAACGUCGAGGGAUGGCGCGUAUUGCGUGAAACUGUCCGCCAAAUGCGACUCUGAGAACGAUUGCUCGGACGGAUCGGACGAGUUGAACUGCGAAGGUUGUCCAGGAAAUUUCAAAUGUGCUAGCGGGCAAUGCCUGAAACGAGACCUGGUCUGCAAUAAAAUCGUCGACUGCGACGAUGGCAGCGACGAGAGGAACUGCGAGGAAUGGAAGUGUCAAUUCGACGAGUUCAGGUGUCCAAGUGGAAGAUGUAUUCCUGGCAUCUGGCAAUGCGACGGCCGACCAGAUUGCGAGGAUCAUCGAGACGAGUACAACUGUGCCGAAAGUUGUGGGAACGACGAAUACCUCUGUCCAACCGAGAAAUGGUGUAUACCAUUGACCUGGCAUUGCAACGGAGUCGACGAAUGCGCGAACGGAGAGGACGAAAAUUUAUGCGAUUGCGGUCUCGAUCAAUUCAAGUGUGAAACAGGAGGAUGCGUGCCCGAAAAUCAAGUAUGCGAUGGAAUAGAACACUGUCCUGAUCAUUCUGACGAGUGGGGCUGUUUGAUGGGGAACGUGACUGUAGAGAAAAAGUUAACGGACGGACAGAAAGAGGAUAACGCCGGGAGUAUCGGUGCUCAAGAAUCGAGUAGUCCUUUACUGAAAGUAAGACAAUACAACGGCGAGUACCGUCUCGUUUGCUCCGAUGGAUGGAGCGAGGAAUUCAGUACCUCUUAUUGCCAAUCUCUAGGAUUCGCCGGUUCCGAGAGCACAGAGUUCCAAACGAGGGACAAAACUCAGAAGAUUUUCAGAUUAAAGGCGAAUCCCAAUCACCAUGCGCCAUUGGUCACGAAUUUGGAACAAGUCGAAUUCUGCGUCUCUGACAAAGUCGUGCAAGUCACUUGCCAAGAAUUUUCUUGCGGAUCCGAUUAUGGAGAAGGACCAACAGCGAGAUUGGUUGGUGGAACUCCGGCCAGCGAAGGACAGUGGUCCAGCGUGGCUCUAUUGAAGGAACCUAAACUCGGUGCUGCUUGCACGGCCAGCAUAUUGGGUCCUAUGCACGUACUUGCCAGUUAUUCCUGCAUCCACAGAUAUAAGCAGAGCAAUGGAUGGCAGCUUUUCACCGGUGAAAAUCUGCUUAAAGCACAUCCUGUAAGGAAUAUUAUUCCUUAUCCUCAAGUGAAGUACAAUCAAUUCUUGUAUAACAAUGAUAUCGCAUUGGUGGAAUUAGAGGAGCCUCUAAUCUUUUCGAGGAAUGUCAGCGCCAUCUGUCUUCCGAAACAUCCUAUACAGCAAUUCCAGCCGAGACAAAUAUGCGUGAUGGCUGGAUGGGGAUUUUCUGUGAACGGUGAGGUCGAUUUGCAGAAGUAUCUCAACUUCCUGCCAUUGCCAACGUAUGAUAUCGAAGAAUGCAAUGCGACCACUCACUAUGCAGGGUUCAUUACGAAAGACAACAUAUGCGCUGGAUUCACUGAUACGAAUAAAGGACCUUGCUACAACGACGAAGGAGCACCUCUAAUGUGUGAAUCUGGAGGAGGAUCGGUCAGAUGGGAAAUUCAAGGUCUAUUAAGUCAUCACAGCAGAUGUUCGAGAGGUCAUCCGGCAAUUUAUUCGAGCGUGGAACCUGCGUUAUCUUGGUUGCGAAACUCCGUACCUGCUUUGCAAACGCAAAGCUAAAGAGCUAUAACGUGAUUUCGUUCUUUCCACGAGAAUACAAAAAAUAUAUUAGAUGAAUUUUUUCUUCUUUUUUAAUUCGUACGAAUUGAUCAUAAUGAUACAAUGAAUGAACGAACGAAUAAAUUAAAUAAGUCGAUCGAAAAGGAACUAUUGAGUGUAAAAGUUCCUGUUGAAAUUCAUGAAACAAAAACAAUGUACUUAAUUUAUAUCCGUCUUUGUUUUUCACAGUAUGUUCCUAUUUAAAUGCAAAGAACGCGGAUUUGAUAGGUAGCAAUACGUAAUCGCGGCCAUAAUUCGUUCUGCAUCAGAAAAAUCCUAAAUGUUAAAUGAUUUCUUUUUUUUUUUUUUUUAAUUAUCUUUACGAUAAUUAAUAUUCUGUGGCAAGUUGUGCUCACAGGAAGUAAAAAGAUGACGGAGAUAACAUAAUUGGCAAUACAAGAUAUUUACAAUUAAGAUUAUUUGUAAAUACUGUAUAAAGUGACUGUUUAAUAUGCUUAACAUUGUAAGAGACUUUUUUUUUACAUGUUUAGGAAAUUAGGUCUCUUAAGAAUGCUGUUUUACAAGUAUUCAAAUAUGUAAAACAAUUUAACACAUUCAUUUAUUCUGCUGAAUACCCAACAGGUUUCGUGUAACAACUGUAUCUAACAGAUUUAUGCUGACAUACACUUUUUAGUUUACUAUCUCAAAGAAAUAUUAGCAGAAGUGUAAUAUUACUGAUUGAGUGUAAUGUCUGCGUGAAUUGUUUAUAUAAAUCCAGUUAUUAGAUAUUACAAAAAGUAGCAGCAAAAUGAAAAUAUUUAUUGGAAACAAGAGACCAUUGAAUAAAUACAUUUGAUUAUUGAAUAAUAAAUAGUUUGUCUCAGAAAUCAUAAAAAAAGAUUUCUGAAAUGAACAAUAGAAUAGGAUAAAAAAUAGAUAGGAGAUAAAUGUAUAUAAUAUAUGAGUAUUUUAAUAAAAUACAUUGUUAUGAAGAGAUACAAUAAUAAAAUAUGUUUAUGUAUGCAUAGUCAUUGAUGAAUGCAUAAGUAUUUUUAUAUGCUAAGAUAAAAAAUAAAUGUAUUUUAAAUGAA